CAAAGCUCCUACAUUUAAAGAGGAGCUCCUGAGCGGUUUUGUUAUUGUGUUUCACAGCGACCAACGAAAUGCUUUCAUUGUUCUUAUUGUCGAGUUUAGUAACUGUCGCCCUUGCGGGUACGUACAGUAACCCUACCUGCGCUCCCGGUCGCAAUACGAUUGUGCACCUGUUCGAGUGGAAGUGGUCGGACAUAGCACAGGAGUGUGAACGGUUUCUGGGGCCGAACGGUUUCUGUGGCGUCCAGAUAUCGCCACCUAAUGAAAACCGUUUGGUCAGUAACAGACCAUGGUGGGAAAGGUACCAGCCUGUCAGCUAUAAACUGAUCACGAGGAGUGGUAACGAGGAUCAACUCAGGGACAUGGUCAACAGGUGCAACAAGGUCAACGUCAGAAUAUACGCGGAUGCCGUUAUCAACCACAUGACGGGAGUAGGUGGGUCCGGCACGGGGACAGCGGGAUCCCACUGGGACGGAGACAGCCUGUCGUAUCCCGGGGUUCCAUUCUCUGCCUGGGACUUCAACUCUGGAAGCGAGUGCCACAGCAGCGAUAUGAACAUUCACGACUACAACAACGCCGAGGAAGUCCGCAACUGUCGCCUGGUCAGUCUCGCUGACCUGAAACUCAGCAAGAACUACGUCCGGGAUGAAAUUGCUGGCUACAUGAACCAUCUAAUCAACAUUGGCGUGGCUGGGUUCCGAGUAGACGCCGCCAAACAUAUGUGGCCCGGAGAUCUCAGAUCGUUGUUCGGAAAACUUACUAAUCUAAACUCGGGGGUAUUCGGUUCGGGAGUGAAACCGUUUAUCUUCCAGGAAGUGAUUGAUAUGGGUUCGGAGCCGAUUAGUGCAUCCGAAUACAUAGGGAUCGGGCGAGUUACGAACUUUAUUUUCGGCGCGAAACUUGGACAGGUUUUUCGAAAUGAAAACAAGGCGAGCUAUCUUCACAACUGGGGUGAGGCUUGGAAUAUGCCCAACUCUAAUGACGUCGUUGUGUUUAUUGAUAACCAUGACAACCAGAGAGGACACGGAGGAGGAGGUGGUCCAAUAACCCACUUCGAGCCACGCCCAUACAAACUCGCCACCACCUUCAUGUUGGCCCAUCCAUACGGGUUCACGCGCCUCAUGAGCAGCUACAACUUUGACAGGUCAAAUACUGACCAGGGCCCCCCUCAUCACGGUGACACAAUCAAUGACGUCACCAUUAACGGUGAUCAAACGUGUGGUAACGGAUGGACAUGUGAACAUCGAUGGAGACAAAUGUACAACAUGGUGGCGUUCAGGAACGUCGUCAUGGGACAGAACCUGCAACACUGGUGGGAUAACGGUAACUACCAGAUCGCCUUCGGUAGGGGCAACAAGGGAUUCAUCGUUAUGAAUAUGGACAGUCACAGCUUGGAUCAAACACUGCAGACCGGCCUUCCAGCAGGCACUUACUGUGACGUCAUUUCCGGCAACUAUGAUGGUUCAAGUUGCUCCGGGAAUGAGAUCCAAGUUGGAAACGAUGGCAACGCACAUUUCAGUAUCGGCAAUACCAGUGAUAACCCUAUGAUUGCCAUUCAUGUUGGUGCAAAGAAAGGUCAAGCUAAACGAGUUACCACGUGACAACAUCCCAGACGCACUACCAUUGACGUACCAGUAUAGUCCAAUCCAUACCAGUUCAGUGAUCAUGUGUCUCGUAGCUAAUUCUGUCUUAAUUUGACUCUUUGACUAUUACUGUACCUGUUUGUUCAAAUACAUUUGUUU